AUGCAGUGCCUCACUCACGGGCGGCUGGUGGAGGAGGAGAAGGAAGAGGGAGGGGGAGAGAAGGGGGAGUGGGAGAGGGAGAGGGUCAGGGGGGAGGAGGAGGCAUUAGUACCCUGUCAUAAUCAUGAACCAACGCCGAAUGGAGUGGAAGCUCGUCUCGCCAUUUCAACAUUAAGAAAAAAGUUGCAGGAAGGAGGUGAAACAAGUACUCGAGAGCUCAUUUCCGAAGCCACAAAGCGUUCUCAAUACCUGGCUGAAAAAGAUAUUAUUUGCUUUCCGAAAGCACAGAAAGCAAUAAGAGAACAAAUGAAUUUCUCUUCCUUCGACGCCCCAGAAGAAGAAGAAGAAGAAGAAGAAGAAGAAGAAGAAGAAGAAGGAGGAGAAAGAGAAGAAGAAGAAGAAGAAGGAAGAAGAGAAGAAAAAGAAGAUGAUUUUGAAAAAAAAGCCUCGGUUUGA